UGAAGUGCGUAAACAGCGAGGGGAUAUUAAAAGGCUCAACAUAAUACAAAGCCGAGGAUCAAAAUUACCUCCGAGUGAUACAUUACGAUCUGCCGAUGCAGCAGCGGUAUAAUGAUAUUUUAAUUUCCAAUCUCCAAUUAAAGUCCUGCACUUGGAAAGCUUCAAAAUGAUUCCGGCCCUGCGAAAGCUCGUUCGGAGCCGCUCAGCUAAUUGUAACCUCAUCCGGAGCAUAACCUGUCGCUCGAAGCCGCGUCCGCAGUACAAACUGCGCGUGGCCUAUCCGCAGGACUACUCGCGGCUCAUGCGUUUCAUGGCGGACACGUAUUUCCGGAGCGAGCCCUCGAUCGUCAACAUCGGCGGAAAUCUCUCAGGCCAGCCGAAUCCGACGCUCGUCCACCUGAUGGACAAGAGCAUCCGCGAGGGUAUGAGCCUCAUCGCGGAGGACCUGGUCAAUGGCGAUUGCAUCGUCGGCGCGGCCGUGAACGUCGACAGCCGGCCGUUCGACAACGAGAAGAACGCCAAGCUGGCCGAGACUUGCUGUGAGCGUCGGGAGGCCAGAGACCUCAUCGAGUUCUCGAUUUUCUGCUCGAGGCAAGCCGACCUGUGGAACGUCUACUGCAUCGACAGCGUCUUCGAGUGCGCCUAUCUCGCGGUGCAUCCGGAGCACCAGGGCAGGGGCAUAGCCAGGAAGCUCGUCGAGGAGAGCUGGAUCCUGGCGAGGGACAUGGCCUACAGGCUCUUCAGGAUCGACUGCAGCAGCAGAUACACGGCAAACAUAGCCGAAAGCUUCGGCUGGAAGUGCAUCUACUCGAUCCCGUACCGUCGCUACUUCAACGACGGCCGGUUCAUCUUCACUUGCGUCGAGGAGCCGCACACCGAGUUUCGCGUAUUCGUCGAUCGGCUGAACCACUACAAGAACUACUCGCCGCCGACGAAGCGACGGAGCGAAAGUAGCAAGCCACAGCUCUGAUGAAAAUACCCGCACAAUAAUAGCCUCUCUCAUACGCCGCGCCAAGAUACUCCUCGCAAAUCGAAUCCGUACGUACCAGGAGCUACACGGGACGGCCGAAAACUUAGUAGCGUCUCAGCACUUAUACAGAAAAGUCCGUCCGAGAAAUGAAGCCGUGUUUGUCCGAACGCGCGCAAGUUUGAAGCGGGCGAGCGUGCGCAUAAUAGAAAAAGGAAAAAGAAAGGCGCCGGAGACAGGAGAGCAAAAAAAGAGACCCGCUGCUAUCGUCGUCGUCGUCGUGAAAGAAAGAAAGCGAAAAAAUCCAGAGCCGAGAAGAA